CUUUAAAUGUAUGAAGAAUCUUUUUAGGAGCGAGUGUUUAAUAAUGUUUGAGGGCCAGUUUUAACAAAGCAGUUUGCUGAAUCCAGCUUAAUUAUACUGAUGAGAAUACAUUGAAAGAAAAACAAGUCAAGCUUGCAAUCAUUUAUAACUAACUUAGCUGAUUUUCUUCAAAACUCUUCCGUUGUGAAAUAGGCAGAGAGAAUACCGUUUGCUUGCUAAAACCCUGCUAAAUGCUCGGAGUUCUUUGUGAAACUGGUCCCAGGUUUUGAUAACAAGCUGAUUGAUUUGAACAGCAUACCUUCUUUCUGAAAUAUUGCAGGUACAGACAGUGCCGCCCACAGGGGGGCAGACAACCAGCAAUUUUGACACCGGGCCCGGCAUUACGGCGAAUCCCUGACUUAAAAAAUUGUCCCGGGACGGAACAUUUCUGUGGGCGGCACUGGGUACAGGUUAACUAUACUCAAUGCUCAUUACACUUUUUAAAUGUUAUUAUUAUUAUUUUUCAAGAAUUAUUCAAGAAAACAAAAACAAGCAAACGAGGCACUAAUUGUAUUCGUUUUCUGUUGAUAUGCAGAAUUUGAGUUAUUUGUAACCUUGAUAAUAUUUUAAUAUCUAAUCCAACUCUUUUCGAGUAUUUAUUUUCAAACUACACUUCGUGUUUGUGUCUUACAGUUCAUUAGACGUCCGCUUUAAACCGUUCUCUUUAGAACUCAGUGACGUGAGCACAUAUAGGGCCGUGUCGGUGAAUGGGUGGAGUUUGUCUUGCUGAUCUCAUCAGGGAGUGGAAAUCACGAAGAGUCUGACAUUAACCAGCACUUUAGAACAUCACUGUAGGCUGGGGAAAAAAAGGAUAUUUUUCUAUAAUUUCCAACAAGAGGGGAGAAACGGGACCACAAAGAGAGAAUUGUAAGCGGUACGAAAGCUGAGGAACCUGUCGGUGUGAGUCAUACAGGGAGGAGGCCCCCCCCCCAGAAUUGUUUACAUCAGGUGAAGUAGCGGAGCAGAGAGAAGACAGUCGCCAUGGUUGCCCUGUCGCUGAAGAUUGGCGUGGGAAACGUCGUGAAGACCAUGCAGUUUGAACCUUCCACCAUGGUGUACGACGCCUGCCGCAUCAUCCGGGAGAGGGUCCCCGAGGCGCAAACUGGCCAGCCUAAUGAUUACGGAUUGUUCCUGUCGGAUGAAGACCCUAAGAAGGGGAUCUGGCUUGAGGCUGGGAAAGCGCUUGAUUAUUACAUGCUGAGGAAUGGGGACACCUUGGAUUACAAGAAGAAGCACAGACCCCUGAAGAUCAGGAUGCUGGAUGGGACUGUUAAAACAGUUAUGGUGGAUGAUUCCAAAAUUGUUGGAGAUAUGCUAAUGACGAUCUGCGCCAGGAUAGGCAUCACAAACUAUGAUGAGUACUCGCUGGUGCACGACAUUGUAGAGGAAAAGAAAGAGGAGAACUACGGGACCCUGAAAAAGGACAAAACACUCAUGCGAGACGACAAGAAGAUGGAGAAGCUGAAGCAGAAGCUCCACACCGACGAUGACAUGAACUGGCUGGACCACGGGCGCACGCUCAGAGAACAGGGCGUGGAAGAAACAGAAACGCUGCUUCUGAGGAGGAAGUUCUUCUACUCCGAUCAGAAUGUGGAUUCCAGAGACCCAGUGCAGCUCAAUCUGCUAUACGUGCAGGCUCGAGAUGACAUCUUGAACGGUUCCCAUCCUGUCUCCUUCGACAAGGCCUGUGAAUUUGCAGGGUUUCAGUGCCAGAUUCAGUUUGGAGAUCACAACGAGCAGAAGCACAAGCCUGGAUUCUUGGAUUUAAAGGAGUUCCUGCCAAAAGAAUACAUCAAAAACAAGGGAGAAAAGAAAAUCUUUCAGGCUCACAACAACAGCCAGAGCAUGACAGAAAUUGAAGCAAAAGUGAGCUACGUCAAAUUGGCCAGGUCUCUUAAAACCUACGGAGUGUCAUUCUUUUUAGUAAAGGAGAAAAUGAAAGGCAAGAACAAACUGGUACCCCGCUUGCUGGGGAUCACGAAGGAGUGCGUGAUGAGAGUCGAUGAGAAAACCAAGGAGGUGAUCCAGGAGUGGAACCUCACCAAUAUCAAGCGCUGGGCUGCGUCUCCCAAGAGCUUCACCUUGGAUUUCGGUGACUAUCAAGAUGGCUACUACUCUGUUCAGACAACCGAAGGGGAACAGAUUGCACAGCUGAUUGCUGGCUACAUCGACAUCAUUCUUAAAAAGAAAAAAAGUAAGGACCACUUUGGCUUGGAGGGAGAUGAAGAAUCUACCAUGUUAGAGGAUUCUGUGUCGCCAAAGAAGUCCACCGUUCUCCAGCAGCAGUUUAACCGGGUUGGUAAAGUGGAGCACGGCUCUGUGGCCUUGCCAGCCAUCAUGCGCUCUGGAGCUGGCGGCCCAGAGAGCUUCCAGGUGGGCACCAUGCCACAGGCCAAGCAGCACAUCACCAGUGGACAGAUGCACAGGGGGCACAUGCCUCCUCUGACCUCGGCUCAACAGGCUCUGAUGGGUACCAUUAACUCCAGCAUGCAUGCUGUGCAAGCAGCACAGGCCACGCUGGAUGAGUUUGACACAUUGCCACCUCUUGGGCAGGAUGCUGCCUCCAAAGCAUGGCGUAAAAAUAAAAUGGACGAAUCCAAGCACGAGAUCCAUUCUCAGGUGGAUGCCAUUACUGCAGGGACCGCGUCGGUGGUCAAUCUCACUGCAGGGGGUCCAGCUGACACAGACUACACAGCGGUGGGCUGUGCUGUGACCACCAUCUCCUCCAACUUGACAGAGAUGUCCAAGGGGGUGAAGCUGCUUGCGGCUCUAGUGGAGGAUGAGGGUGGCAAUGGGCACAAUCUCCUUCACGCUGCAAAGAACCUCGCCUGCGCCGUCUCUGAUAUGCUCAAGACAGCUCAGCCAGCCAGUACUGAGCCUCGUCAGGUCCUGCUCCAGGCAGCAGGUAACGUUGGCCAAGCAAGUGGAGAUCUACUGCAGCAAAUUGGUGAGAGUGAGGCAGACCAAAGAUUCCAGGAUAUGCUGAUGCAUCUGGCCAAAGCAGUAGCCAAUGCUGCGGCCGCUCUCGUGCUUAAAGCUAAGAAUGUAGCCCAGAAGACUGAGGACUCGGGGCUCCAGAACCGCGUGAUCGCCGCCGCCACCCAGUGCGCCCUCUCCACCUCCCAGCUUGUAGCUUGCACCCGGGUGGUUGCCCCCACCAUCAGCUCCCCAGUAUGCCAGGAGCAGCUGAUCGAGGCGGGGAAGCUGGUGGCCAAGUCAGUGGAGGGCUGCGUGGAGGCAUCCCAGGCCGCCACCAAUGAUGAGCAGCUGCUGAAGCAGGUGGGCUCGGCUGCUACAGGGGUGACGCAGGCCCUCAACGACCUGCUGCAGCACAUCAAGCAGUACACCACCGGCGGGCAGCCCAUCGGGCGCUACGACCAGGCCACGGACACCAUCCUCAACGUCACCGAGAACAUCUUCAGCUCCAUGGGGGAUGCAGGUGAGAUGGUGCGGCAGGCUCGCAUCCUGGCCCAGGCCACCUCGGACCUGGUCAAUGCCAUAAAAGCCGAUGCUGAAGGCGAGUCUGACCUGGAGAACUCCCGCAAGCUGCUUUCUGCAGCCAAGCUGCUUGCCGACGCCACAGCUAAGAUGGUAGAAGCUGCCAAGGGAGCAGCCGCCAACCCAGACAGCGAGGAGCAGCAGCAGAAGCUGCGGGAGGCGGCCGAGGGGCUGAGGAUUGCCACCAACGCAGCAGCCCAGAAUGCCAUCAAGAAGAAACUGGUCAGCAAGCUGGAGAAUGCAGCUAAACUGGCUGCUGCCGCAGCCACCCAGACCAUUGCAGCUGCUCAGCAGGCUGCCUCCACCAAUAAGAACCCAGCAGCACAGCAGCAGCUUGUCCAGAGCUGCAAGGCUGUGGCGGAUCAGAUUCCCAUGCUGGUCCAGGGAGUGCGAGGAAGCCAGUCCCAGCCUGACAGCCCAAGCGCUCAGCUAGCUCUCAUCAGCGCUGGCCAAAACUUUCUUCAGCCUGGAGCUAAGAUGGUCACCGCUGCCAAAGCCACUGCUCCUACCAUCAGUGACCAGGCUUCUGCCAUGCAGCUGAGCCAGUGUGCCAAAAACCUGGCAACCGCUUUGGCUGAGCUCAGAACUGCUGCACAGAAGGCACAGGAAGCCUGCGGCCCACUGGAAAUAGACAAUGCUCUGAAUGUCGUCCGGAACCUGGAGAAGGACAUGCAGGAAGCAAAGGCCUCGGCUGUGGAAGGGAAACUGAAACCCCUGCCUGGAGAAACGUUGGAGAAGUCCUCUCAGGACCUGGGAAACAGCACCAAGGCUGUGAGCUCUGCCAUUGCUCAGCUGCUCAGCGAAAUUUCCCAGGGCAACGAGAAUUACACAGGAAUGGCUGCCCGAGACCUGGCUCAAGCCCUGAAAGCUCUGGGCAUGGCAGCUCGCGGUGUUGCUGCCAGCACCUCCGACCCACAGGCCCGCAAUGCAAUGCUGGAUUGCGCCAGCGAUGUCAUGGAUAAAUCAGGCAACCUGAUAGAGGAGACAAAGAGGGCAGUGGCCAAGCCAGGAGACCCAGACAGCCAGCAGCGACUGGCACAGGUUGCAAAGGCAGUAUCCCAGGCCCUGAACAGGUGUGUGAACUGCCUGCCUGGACAGAGAGAUGUGGACAAUGCCAUCAGGACAGUGGGAGAAGCCAGUAAGAAACUCCUGGCAGACUCGUUCCCCCCAAGCUCCAAGAGCUUCCAGGAAGCCCAGGGUAAUCUGAACCAGGCAGCCGUAGGGCUGAACCAGUCUGCCAAUGAGCUGGUGCAGUCAUCCCGGGGCACCACUCAGGACCUGUCCAGGGCCUCUGGCAAGUUCGGACAGGACUUCAAUGAGUUCUUACAGGCCGGCGUGGAGAUGGCAGGACAGUCCCAGUCAAAGGAAGAUCAGACUCAGGUGGUCACAAACCUCAAGACCAUCUCCAUGUCUUCUAGCAAGCUCCUGCUAGCAGCUAAAGCUCUCUCUGCAGACCCCAGUGCCCCCAACCUCAAGAACCAGCUUGCAGCUGCUGCACGCGCUGUCACGGACAGUAUUAAUCAGCUGAUCACAAUGUGCACCCAGCAGGCCCCAGGCCAGAAAGAGUGUGACAAUGCCCUGCGAGAGCUUGAGACCGUCCGUGGCAUGCUGGAAAACCCCACAGAAGCUGUGAAUGACCUCUCCUACUUCGACUGCAUUGACAGUGUAAUGGAGAACUCCAAGGUUCUUGGAGAAGCCAUGGCAGGAAUCUCUCACAAUGCGAAGAACAGUAAACUGCCUGAGUUUGGAGACUCUGUCAGCUCAGCAUCCAAAGCUCUGUGUGGGCUCACCGAAGCUGCUGCUCAGGCUUCCUACCUGGUCGGCGUUUCGGAUCCCAACAGCCAUGCUGGGCAGAGGGGACUGGUGGAUCCUUCCCAGUUUGCCAGAGCAAAUCAAUCCAUUCAGAUGGCCUGUCAGAACCUGGUGGAUCCAGCAUGCACCCAGUCACAGGUUCUUUCAGCUGCUACCAUUGUUGCCAAACACACUUCAGCACUGUGCAACGCUUGCCGUCUGGCUUCAUCCAAAACUGCAAACCCUGUUGCUAAGCGACAGUUUGUCCAGUCAGCAAAGGAAGUGGCUAACAGCACAGCUAAUCUUGUUAAGACAAUCAAAGCGCUUGAUGGAGCUUUCAGUGGAGAAAACCGUGAGAAGUGCAGAGGCGCGACCGUGCCUCUGAUUGAGGCCGUCGACAAUCUGACCGCCUUCGCUUCCAACCCAGAGUUUGCCAGCGUUCCAGCACAGAUCAGCCCGGAGGGACUCCAAGCAAUGAAGCCCAUAGUUGUUGCUGCCAAGACCAUGCUGGAGAGCUCAACUGGGUUGAUCCAGACUGCCCGCUCACUGGCUGUCAACCCCAAAGACCCACCAAAGUGGUCAGUCCUGGCUGGACACUCCAGGACAGUCUCCGACUCCAUCAAGAACCUCAUAACAAACAUGAGAGAUAAAGCUCCCGGACAGAUUGAGUGUGAUGAAGCCAUUGAGGUUCUCAAUAGGUGCAUCAGAGAUGUGGAUCAGGCAUCACUAGCUGCUGUUAGCCAGCAACUUAACCCAAGAGAUGACAUUUCACAGGAGGCCCUUCAUGACCAGGUGGCAGCUGCAGUGCAGGAGAUCAGCAUCCUGAUCGAACCCAUCGCAGUGGCAGCCCGGUCUGAGGCGUCCGAGUUAGGACAUAAGGUGUCUCAGAUGGCAAGCUACUUUGAGCCUCUUAUCAUGGCGUCUAUUGGAACAGCCUCGAAGAUCCUGGACAGCCAGCAGCAAAUGAACCUGCUGGAUCAGACCAAGACGCUGGCAGAGUCUGCUCUGCAGAUGCUCUACACUGCCAAGGAGGCAGGGGGAAAUCCUAAAGCAGCCCACACACAGGAGGCAGUGGAGGAGUCUGUGCUGAUGAUGAAGGAGGCUGUGGAUGACCUGUCAGCCACCCUGGCAGAGGCAGCCAGUGCUUCUGGAGCUGUAGGAGGCAUGGUGGACUCCAUUACCCAGGCCAUUAACAAGAUUGAUGAAGGCCCAGACGGUGAACCAGAGGGCACGUUUGUAGACUACCAGACCACCAUGGUGAAGACCGCCAAAGCCAUUGCCGUCACUGUACAGGAAAUGGUUACAAAAUCCAACACCAAUCCAGAUGAGCUGGGCUCUUUGGCUAAUCAGCUCACAAGUGAGUUUGGGCAACUGGCUCAGGAGGCGAAACCUGCUGCUAUUACUGCAGAGAACCAAGAGAUUGGAUCCCACAUUAAGAACCGGGUGCAGGAGCUGGGUCACGGGUGUGCCACCCUGGUUACCAAGGCCGGGGCUCUGCAGUGCAGCCCUAAUGAUGCCUUUACCAAGAAGGAGCUCAUUGAGUCUGCACGCAAGGUCUCCGAAAAGGUGUCUCAUGUAUUGGCAGCUCUGCAGGCUGGUAACCGUGGUACCCAAGCCUGCAUCACCGCUGGCAGUGCGGUGGCUGGCAUCAUCGCUGACCUGGAUACCACAAUCAUGUUCGCAACAGCUGGCACCCUCAACCGAGAGAACGCUGAGACAUUCGCUGAUCACAGGGAGAACAUCUUGAAGACUGCCAAAGCUCUGGUGGAAGACACUAAGCUGUUGGUAUCUGGGGCUGGGGCAAGCCAGGAAAAGCUGGCCCAGGCAGCUCAGUCAUCAGUCAACACAAUCACCAAGCUGUCUGAGGUAGUGAAGCUGGGAGCAGCCAGCUUGGGAGCUGAGGAUCCAGAGACACAGGUCGUCCUGAUCAACGCAGUGAAGGAUGUGGCCAAGGCGCUUGGAGAUCUCAUCAGUGCCACAAAGGGAGCCUCGGGGAAGCCUCAUGAUGAUCCUGCUAUGUUUCAGCUCAAGAACUCUGCCAAGGUGAUGGUGACCAACGUGACUUCGCUCCUGAAGACUGUCAAGGCUGUGGAAGAUGAAGCAACCAAAGGAACCAGAGCCCUGGAGGCCACCAUUGAGCACAUUAAGCAGGAGCUGGCUGUAUUCAACAGCAAAGAGCCACCACCUAAGACUGCGACACCUGAAGAUUUUAUCCGCACGACCAAAGGCAUCACCAUGGCGACUGCAAAGGCAGUGGCUGCUGGGAAUUCGUGCCGUCAGGAAGACGUCAUCGCUACGGCUAACCUGAGUCGCAAAGCCAUUGCUGAGAUGCUGAACUCCUGCAAGCAAGCUGCGUAUCACCCUGAGGUGAAUAAAGAUGUGCAAACCAGAGCGCUCCGAUAUGGAAAGGAGUGUGCCGUCGGGUACCUGGGACUCCUGGAGCAUGUGCUGGUGAUUAUUCAAAAGCCGUCCCAUGACCUGAAACAGCAGCUGGCCUUGUACUCGAAGCGAGUGGCCGGCUCUGUCACAGAGCUCAUCCAGGCAGCAGAGGCCAUGAAAGGCACAGAAUGGGUUGAUCCUGAAGACCCGACCGUUAUUGCUGAGAAUGAACUUCUUGGAGCUGCUGCUGCUAUUGAGGCUGCAGCCAAGAAAUUGGAGCAGCUCAAACCUCGAGCUAAGCCCAAGGAAGCAGACGAGAGCCUGAACUUCGAGGAACAGAUUUUGGAAGCUGCCAAAUCCAUCGCCGCGGCAACCAGUGCUUUGGUGAAAGCUGCCUCUGCAGCUCAGAGAGAGCUGGUGGCACAAGGAAAAGUGGGCGCUAGUCCAGCCAAUGCUGUGGAUGAUGGGCAGUGGUCUCAGGGUCUUAUUUCAGCUGCCCGAAUGGUUGCCGCGGCUACCAGCAACCUUUGCGAGGCAGCUAACUCGGCCGUGCAGGGCCACGCUAGCGAGGAAAAACUCAUCUCAUCUGCCAAGCAGGUGGCAGCGUCCACAGCUCAGCUCCUGGUGGCCUGUAAGGUGAAGGCUGACCAGGACUCCCAGACCAUGAAGAGGCUUCAGGCUGCUGGGAAUGCUGUGAAGAGAGCUUCUGAUAACCUGGUGAAGGCGGCACAGAAAGCAGCAUUCGAUGCACAUGACGAUGAAGCUGUGGUGGUGAAGAGCAAGAUGGUCGGCGGGAUUGCUCAGAUUAUUGCAGCCCAGGAAGAGAUGCUGCGGAAGGAGAGGGAGCUGGAUGAAGCUCGGAAGAAGCUGGCAACGAUCAGGCAACAGCAGUACAAGUUCCUGCCCACUGAGCUUCGGGAGGAUGAACAAAACUAACAACCUGCACCACCGGAUAUAUUUAUAUAUUUAAAGAAUAUACAAUCUUCUUCAGUCCCCAUGGGCUGUGAAACAAAAAAAAUAGAAAAUCAUCAGUACAUUUGGACUGUAGCAGGGUCUAUGAACAGAUUGAUUGCUUUAAAAUAGGUCAACAUUAAGAGAGAUGUCUAUUUUUACAUUUAGUUGAAAGUUGUUAGGUAAAACAUUGUGAAUUUUUUUUUUUUGCAUUGCAGAUUUACACCCGUGCAUCUGUUAACCUUGAUAAUGCAAAUGAUUUUUGAUUUCUUGUUUAUUCUGUUAAAAAAAAUUAUGCAAUUUAACUGGCUUUACUGAACCAUUUAAGUCAUUCUACUCCUUAGAUUAAUCAAACAUGUUAUUGAUCGUGUUUCUUCUUUGUUUGCAUGUGCUAUUUUAGUGGCACUGGCUUUCAUUUUUUUUUUUUUAUAAUACAGUGCACUUGUUUGCUUGUAAAGCUUUUAUUGUACUAUAACUAAUAUAUUUUUAACGGAUGCAACACAUACAGGUUUUUAGCUUACACUUUUCCAUGGCUGAAUUAUUAGUCUGCCACGCUGUGCAAGAUGUGUUGCCUGUGGCUUCACCUGCUGGACCAAAAGAGCAUUGCAGCUCUUAAAUUAGGUAACAGAUAAAGAACGAAUGAAAAAGUGCUGGCCAGAAAAAUAAAAUUGUUACAUGCUCUGUAUUUUGUAAUUAUGGAGUCAUUAUAUUAUAUAUGUGUAAGUAUCCCAAAGAAGUCAGAGGUUAAAUGGCUUUGGGAUGGCCAGGAAGUUUAUCUCGGCCAGCCCUUAUCCUAGUGGCUCUAACAAACUUGGUGAGUGUUAGAAUGCAAUGCUGCAGGGCUACGGUUCUUUUAUACAUAAAUUAAUAAACUAAACUUAUACAUAUCAUUAUAAAAACUAUGAAAAACGGUGUGCUAUUAAAGUAACCACACCCAUAAAAUUCAUAUCUAAAUAUUGUCAUGAAACUUUUGUAGUGUUUUUUCUUAAUAUAAAGUGCCUGGAAUUGGAUGCACUUGCUUUUGUCAGUUCUGGGCCUUAAUGUGAGAAUGUGCUUUUGAGAAAUGAUCAUACAAUAGAAAAGGUUACGUUUUUCAUUUUAUGUACCGAACAAUGUUUUAAAAAAAUAAAUAAUAAUAAUAAUAAAUCUUUGUAUCAACACUGGGGCUUUUGUCGGUAGAUUUUUUCUGUACUCUUCACCAAUAUAUUAAGAUAUACAUACUGUAUUCCACAUUUAAGCUUUUUAGUUUGGGAACCUUAGAAAAACAGUCCAUAUUUUAAGGAUUUUAUUUUUUUGUAUGUAUUGAACAAGAACAAGUUUUGACUUUGAAACAUGAGUCCUAAAGUUGAGGGAACUCAAAGCCACUUUUUCAGGAACAGUGGCUUGAACCCUGGUUCCAGGAGACUGGGAGACCUAGUUUGAGGCAACUUUGCUGUAUCAAACUCCAAGUCUCCUCUGGUGUGCCAUGCAGUGGCCUGUAACCUAGUCUCCUGAAACCAAGUUCCAAGCCUUCAUGGUCCCUCAACUUAACAGUGUGUAGGAGGAAGAUUGUAAUGUCAACCUGUUGUGUGUCAUGCUUUUGUCAUGCGCAUUCAAAGAUGUAUUAGUUUCAGCACCUUUUGCCAAUUUUGUAUUACAGGUAAUUCUGUUUUAAAUUCUAAACUUUAGCAGAGAAACCUGUGUUUGUAAUCCUGUUCACAAUUAUUCUUGCUCAUAAAAAAACAAACCCAAAUUAGUCCCUUUGCCUCUCACCCUGCCCUCCUCAAAAAAACAACUUGAGCUUGAGGUUUGCCUACUUUGCUAAUGCUGCCGGUAUAUUUAGUAUAUAUUUAGUAUAUUUUUCAGCCUCAGUGUUUUGUUUCUUCAACAUAUCAAUUCAUCGAAAAAGUGCCUGCAUAUGUAUUUUUAAAAAAGAUUCUUUAUGUAAUUAACUUUUGUCAGUCGUUAAGUGCACUUAUCAAUAUGUUUAACUUAAUUAAGAUCACAUAACUCAUCUGCCUUUUGUUCUUGCAGAUCUAUUAUAUUUUGUAUUCUUCUGUUGGCAAUUUUGUGAGAUGCAACAGGCUUGUUGAAAUAUAAAGAGCCAGCAUUAAAUUGGUCCAUUUUUUUUGUACUCUUGCCUCUGUUUAACAUCAUUUAAUGCAGGGUGUUGUUGCCUGUUUUUUUUUUUUUUUUUUUUUUUUUAAUUUGUUUUCAUGUCACCUUUUUAAAUUUUAUUUUGAUAAGCUUAUUAAUGUUAAGGGAUACCAAUUUUUUUUCCCCCAAUUAAAAUUUAUGGACAGUUUUUGUGUGUUUAUUUGAAAGUAUUAAUGUUCAAUAAAGCUGGUUUUCACAAAG